AUGUCGGUUCAAGAAUCCCCUAAAACUGAGGCAACCAAUCGAAGUCAGUCUAAAAAACCGACUGCAAAAAAAAACACGAAAAAGGCUGAGGUUCAUAUCGAGGGAGCUUCUCAGAUUGGAAUUGAAGUUAGGAAGGAUGCUGAUUUCUCUACAUGGUAUACUCAGGUUCUGAAACGCUCGGAAAUGUUGGAAUAUUACGAAGAAGUUUCUGGGUGUUAUAUUAUUAGACCAUUGGCAUACAAUAUUUGGCAAGAAAUUCAAA